AACCACUCGCCAGCUGAUGAUCUGGUUUGUUUGCUUGGUUUUAUUUGCCUCUUGCAACAUCUUGUCCUGACUCAUUGCUGGGAACAGAUACACUCAACAUUGUAUAAAACCAAGUUCGUAAUGACAAACAGGAGGAAUUCUGCCGUGCCUUUCAGUGCUUUAAAGAUGAACUUGUGGACGCUCCUGACUGUGACUGCGCUGGCUAAAUGGGCCCACUCCUGCCCAGAUCUGUGCUCCUGUUCCUUCACACCUUCAGGUGCAGAGGUGACGUGCAGCGAAAGCUCCCUGACACAUUUCCCUGUAGACGGUUUACCCUCCAACACCACUCAACUGUACAUCCGGUCCACCAAACUCAGCAGUGUCGCAGCCAGCCAUUUGAGUGCCGUGCCCCUUUUAAAGUACCUCCAGCUGUAUAACAACAACCUGACGAGCCUUCCUUCAGAUCUACUGACGGACGUCCCUCACUUGGAGACGUUGGAUCUGACAAGAAAUCGUCUGGUUCAUCUUGCUCCGAACAUCUUCAGCCAUGCCUCACUGCGUGGUCUUGUGCUGAAAGAUAAUCUGUUUGAAAAAGCCGAUGCAGAGUGGUUUCCUGGCAACAGUGGCCUCACCUGGCUGGACUUGUCUGGAAACCGUUUGUCGGGUGUACCCACUGCUCUGCUUCAGAAGCUGCCCAAUCUGGAUAAUCUAGAUUUGAGUGACAACAGUCUACAAGACUUGCAACCUGAUGCCCUGGAGAGCCUGCACCGCCUGCAGACACUGAAUCUCGCUGGUAACAACUUAACCUCCCUGAGUUCUACAAUCUUCACCAACAACCUUAAUCUAUCUCAGUUGUUUCUGCAAGAGAAUAAGCUCCAAGACCUGCCAGCGACCCUCCUCCAGGGUCUCCAACACCUUGAAUAUCUGCUGCUCAACCAUAAUCAGCUGCAGCGUUUCCCCUCAGGGCUGCUGGGUGACAGAAAAUCUUCCUUCCGUAUGAUCUUAAUAGGAAACCCCUGGGUGUGCGAUGAGAAGAUGGAGUAUCUGUGGAAGUGGCUCACUGCCUAUCGUCAAAAUGUCAUCUUUUUGGAGGAGGUGACAUGUGCAGAGCCUGAAGCUCUUAAAAGCCGACCAGUGAUCUCUUUGACAGAGAGUGAGCUUGGACUUCACAAGAUGGAAAAUCAAUGAUGAAGACAAGGCAAAAAGAAAAUCUCAAGUCUCUAUAUUCUACUAAAAUCAUAAGUGGUAUGAUAAAUUAUUCAUUGUAUCGAAGGCUGAAAUAAAACUUUACGAGCCAUUCUUUGCCCAACACUG